AUGCUAUUCAAACAGCAGGCGUUGCUGAGACAGAAGCUCCUUGUGCUAGGCAGCCUUGCUAUUGGAAGUCUCCUAUAUCUAGUUGCCAGAGUUGGGAGCUUGGAUAGACUGCAGCCCAUUUGCCCUAUUGAUGGUCGAUUUGGACUCCAUGGCCAAGGUGAAAUUCCACUCCGAGCUCUGCAGUUUAAGCGUGGGUUGUUGCAUGAGUUCCGGAAGGGCAAUGCCAGCAAGGAGCAAAUUCGACUUCACAGUUUGGUCCAACAAAUCCCCAAGGCCAUCAUAAUCGGGGUGAGGAAAGGAGGAACCCGAGCAUUACUAGAAAUGCUGAAUCUCCACCCAGCUGUAGUCAAAGCUUCUCAAGAAAUCCACUUCUUUGAUAAUGAUGAGAACUAUGCCAAGGGCAUUGAGUGGUACAGGAAAAAAAUGCCAUUUUCUUAUCCUCAUCAAAUAACAAUUGAGAAAAGUCCUGCAUACUUUAUCACAGAGGAAGUACCUGAAAGGAUUUAUAAAAUGAACUCAUCCAUCAAAUUACUGAUCAUUGUCAGGGAACCCACAACAAGAGCUAUUUCUGAUUACACUCAGGUGCUGGAGGGAAAGGAAAGGAAAAAUAAAACCUACUACAAAUUUGAAAAGCUGGCCAUUGAUCCGAACACCUGCGAGGUGAACACUAAGUACAAGGCGGUAAGAACAAGCAUCUACACGAAGCAUCUGGAAAGGUGGUUAAAAUACUUUCCCAUAGAGCAGUUUCACAUUGUUGAUGGCGAUCGUCUCAUUACAGAACCACUGCCCGAACUCCAGCUGGUAGAGAAGUUCUUAAAUCUUCCUCCAAGGAUAAGUCAAUAUAAUUUAUAUUUCAAUGCCACCAGGGGGUUUUACUGCUUGCGAUUUAACAUUGUCUUUAACAAGUGCCUGGCGGGAAGCAAGGGACGAAUCCAUCCAGAGGUAGACUCCUCUGUCAUUACCAAAUUGCGCAAGUUCUUUCACCCUUUCAAUCAGAAAUUUUACCAGAUCACGGGGAGGACAUUUAACUGGCCCUAA